AUGGGUCCAGAUGGUGGCAAGCAUAUAUCCAUUAAUAAGAAAUUAUUUCUAGUAUUUAUCUUUCUGUUGGUAAUAGCUGUUUGUUCAUUUCUCUUCAUUCUGAAACAGAAAAUAAAAGGUAACAUAUUAUAAAUUAAGUUUCCAAGGUGUAUUAUAAAGUAACCGUGAUCUAACUAUCAGGCCAAUUAAUAAUUAAGCAUUAAUUUUCUAAAUGUAAUUUUCCAGACCUAUACAACGGCAUUUUAGCUUUUAAAUGACGCCUUUUCGUAGAAUUGUGAUCAACGAUGGCCUGCAAAUGCGAUCCGAUUCACAAAGGUGCACGAAAUUACAUGCAGUCGAAUCUCUAUUAAGCAGCCUCUCUCGGGGAUCGGCUCUGUGGCCGCUUAAUAGAGGUGGCCGCCAAAUAGAGGUACGCAAAUAUAAAUAGACCCUGGCCACAGUCAAAUGUCUAUUUUUAAUUAUAAAUCACAAAAUACUAAACACAAUGCUUUUGGGGUGUAAAGUGGCAUGUGUUAAAACAUAAUUUCAUGCAUUAUUUUAAAAGUAAAGCAAAUUAGCUCGACUUUUAUUUGCGGCUGUCUUGACAAAGUGUUGCGCCAAGUAAAUCCUGCAGACUAGCCGCUUAAUAGAGGUAAAAAUUGACAUAUAACAUCAUUAAUUUUCGGACCGCUCUUUGGGUGGCCGCGGCCGCUUAAUAGAGGUGGCCGUUUAAUAGAGGGGUAGUUUAUAGUAUUUGUAUUACAAAAAUUUCGGGACUUCGCUAUCUGGCCGUUUAAUAAAGGGUGGCUGCUCAACGGAGGGCCGCUUAAUAGAGGUUCGACUGUAUUGCUACCUUUCUGAAUUAAAUAUUGAUUCAAUUUUCGAACAUUUGAACAAAUAAUUUUUGCCUAUUUGAAAACGUUUAGCAUGCAUGGCGAGCUCCAUAAACCAUACUAUAUUCUAAAUAUUGUUUCAACAAACUCCAGUUAUCUUCAUUACCAAAAUCCAUUAACAGUUAAAAACAUAUAAUUGGCGAUGAAGUUCGAUCGUCACUAAAUUCUCACCGUCCACUACACUUAUCGGUGCAGUAAGAAGAAAAAUACGUGCAUCAAAAAGCAAGAUUUUCUGUGUAAGGUUUGGGUGAAUAAUAUUGUGCUGACAUAUGCAUGUUUCCAUUUGCACGUUUGAUUUUGACCAAAUUAAAUGUAUAAAAUGAAUGAAGAAGUUGAGAAUUCAAUACGCGCAAUGAAAUUGAAUGGGGUACAAUCACAUAUUCCAAAGCACCUCCGCUCGCUCUAUAGGAAAACUUCGGUAUUCUUGUAUGAUUGGAACUUGCUCCGUGUUCCCCAACAAAUAUGUGUCAAUUUCUAUUUUUCAUUUACCCUUUUGUAGCUGAUGUAAAUUCAUUAUCCGUUGGAGUCACCAGUCAAGUCAAGUACCAUAAUCCUAAUGACACAAAAUCUGGUGAAUGUCUAAAGAACUACUUUGAAGAUAUCUUAUUAAUUAUUGUUUACCAUUUUCCAUUCUACGAAUCAAUUCCUUUGCUUAAGUCAUUUUAUAAAGAUGCAUUUAAAAACAUUGUGAUUUGUGGUCCAGAUUCCUAUUCCCACCACUAUGUAAUGGUGGUUGACAUUGGAGCAGGGUAUUAUGGUUAUGAAUGUGCUGGUGAGGCUAUUCGCAGGUACAGAGAAUGAGGAAGUUGUUUAUAAACAAUAGAGAACUUAACUGGCUAUCUCACUAAGAACCAUGCAGAGCGUUUCAGGUUGAAUAUUAGAUUUGCUUUAUAUUUUUAUCAUGAACUACCUUUGUCCUAAAAGGUAUGAAACUAACAUUAAAAUUUCUAAUUUUUUCUUUUUUUUUGAGUUAUGACGAAUUUGUGUCUGGACGUCAUUGACACUGAAAUUUGACCCCGAAAACGGCGAUCAAAUAUGUGUUAAAUUGUGCAUCAUAACUCGGGAAAUUUCGCGUCAAAUUAAAAACUUUUUUCGGCGUAUUGAGACAUUCUUCUUCAUUUAGAAUGUUGAAAGAAUUUGAGUAUUACGGGGCAAAAUGAGACAGUGGGGCUAAAUGAGACACUCCGACUCAUUUGCGCUUAUAUGACGUUCUAUUUAAUUAUUUAUACCACAAUCAUUGCAGGCUCAUAACAAACAUUUUUACUUGUGUACUUCGUCGAAACAGUGUUUUAUUUGCACUGCAUCAACGAGGAAAUAACGAUUUUUUAAACCAAUUUGGAUGAUCGAUCGGCAAUUAAAGGUACGUUAUUACUUAGGUAUUUUGGCUAACCGAUUGUUAUUUCUAGAACAUUGCAUGUGUCGAAUAAAACCUAUUUGUUUGAUGGAGUUUAUAACAUGGUCUUUCAAGUCACACGUGGUAUUUUUGUCAAUUUUCAUCUAAAAUUUUAUUUUUGACGUGUUUAUUUGACUGACUUGAACUCAUAACAUUGAGGCAAAAUGAGACAGCUGAGUCUAAACCAAGUAAUAUAUAUUUGUUCAGUGUGAUGCUGUUCAUUUCAACUUUUACUGUGCCUUGCUUUAAUAUUGUCAUUUGUCAAUAUAUGAUAUAAAUACUAUCUUGGAUUAUUACCAGUACUCUCUGUGUUAUAUUGAAGUCCUCAAUUACUGAUUUAAUACCACCUUCCCCUGUUUGGGAAAGUUAAAAGGGUUUAUAUUUCUGAUUGAAUCAACAUGUACUUUCAUUCUAUAAUUUGUCAUAAGUUCAUAUGUCAUAUAUUUUAUGCUAUAAACAGCUUAGUCCAUGUCACAGAGCAAACUAACUUUUAUUUUAUUUAGGGUGGUCAGGAACUAUGUACACAAAAUUCAACGUGCAUGCAAACUGGAAUGAGGAUUAAAUCCGUCUUGCCAUCUCUGCAGUUGAGAAGAAAGAGCUGUCAAUACGAAAGCUGCAACCGCCUACGGGGUACCAAAGGAUGUAUUAAAUCGCCGAGUCAAUGGUAGGCUACAAAAUUUAUCACUUUGCGGUAAAUGUUGGUGAAAGUCAAUGCCUGGCGAGGAUUGGAUGACUUGUUCACAACGCAAACAAUGGUGUCACGAAGAAUGCUGUACUGUUACCGCAGCCAGUGUGACCUGUGUGUGUGACAUUUGCAAUGUUGACAUUAUUGACACUAGCACACACGUGACUAGAAAGUUAGUUAAGUAUUUUUAGAAGCACGAGGCUAGGGAACCGGGAAGUAAUUGGAUACGUACUAUGCUGUUUGUACAAGUUGUUUGAUAUCUAUUGUUAUACUUAAAAGUGCUUGAUAUUGAUACAAAACCACGAACAUUACAUUGGCGACGAGGUAAACAUGUCGUGAAGCCAAACAACAACCACAUGAAACAAUCGACCAGUUUUCAACUCGUCUUAGGAAGCUCGCGGCAACCUGUGACUUCGAAAAUAUCGACAAGGAAGUAAAAUCGGCCAUAAUUCAAAACUGUUUAUCGAAACGUCUACGACGCUACGCCCUGCUUGACUCGGAAGUUACGCUAGCCAAGAUUCUCGCAAAAGGCAGAGCUUUUGAACUCAGUGAAUCGCAGGCAACAGGCAUUGAAAACGCACUUGACUCAACACAUAUUUCUGACGAAGUAGUUGAAGCUGUCCAUCCUACAACGAAAUAUAACAACCAUCGUGAUAAACAACAUACAUCGUUUCACCGCCAAGACUUUUACAUCUCAUCAGAGUGUCGGAAUUGUGGGGGGCCCUGGCCUCAUAACAACAAUAUUUGUCCCGCGAAAGGAAAAUCUUGUCUGAACUGUGGAAAAUCAAACCAUUUUGCGAAAGUCUGUCGUAGUGCUCGCAAGGCUCGCGUCGGUCAACAAGAGAAUCGAAGGCCUUCAAAAAAAUACCACAAAAACAAAGUUCACAAGAUUUAUGGCAAACCCUCCAGCAGUGAAAGCAGUAGCGAGGAUGAAUUCAUUUUUACUCUGAAACCGACAUGUAGAGACAAAACAACUCCACAGGUUCAAAUCUCGGUCAACACAACCCCUAUCAACAUGGUUAUCGACACUGGUGCUUCCAUCGACAUCAUCGAUUAA